UUGAUCCAAGAUGGCGGCUUUGUUCAAUACAACAAUUAUGAACACAACAUAUAAUAAUUUUUUUAUCAUUCUCUAGGAAAGUUCCCUCACCCUUUCGACCAACUAGUACCUCAAGUACUUCCUAUACCCUGUUUAUUAGUUGUUUGAGAGGAUAGAUUAUUUGAGGAACUACGAUGGCUGAACCAAUGGAAGUGGAAGAAGAACCAGUGGACAGUCAACUUACUCCUGAGAGUAUUAAAGUGAUAGCUGAAUCUGUGGGCAUAGCUAACCUGAACCACGAAGCUAUUGCACUUAUUGUGGACGAAGGGACUUAUAGACUCAAACAGCUUGCUCAGGAAGCAGCUAAGUUUAUGCAGCAUUCAAAGAGGGGGCAGCUGGCUACUAAGGAUAUUGAUAAUGCAUUGAGUGUGCAAAAUGUGGAGCCAUUAUAUGGGUUCCAUGCAGCAGAUUUCAUACCAUUUAGGUUCACCAGUGGUGGAGGACGUGAAGUUUAUUAUUACGAUGAUCCAGAAAUUGACCUGAGUGAUGUCAUAAUGACACAGCUACCACGCAUCCCUGUUGAUGUUACUUUAAAAGCUCACUGGCUGAGUAUCGAAGGCUUGCAGCCAGCAAUACCAGAAAACCCACCACCAGCACAAGUAAAACCAGCUAAAGAUGACAACAAACCAUCCAGCGAUGCUCUCCCAGCACCAGCCCUGAAUGCCAACCAGAAAAAGACCAGUAAACUUAGUGAUAUCACAUCAAAAACACCCACUAAAAAACCAAACCCCAAGACAGGCCUGCGUCCAGUCAAAACUGGUAAUACCAUGUCUACAGCCACAGAAGAAGGAAUGGAGAACUUCAAGGGGAUUGUUACACAUGAACUUUCUGUUGAACAGCAGUUAUAUUAUAGAGAAAUAACAGAAGCUUGUGUUGGGUCUUGUGAGUCCAAGAGAACAGAAGCUUUACAGAGUUUGGCCACUGAUCCUGGACUGUACCAAAUGUUACCAAGGUUUUGUACAUUUAUUUCUGAAGGGGUUAGAGUCAAUGUCGCACAGAACAAUCUCGUCCUACUGAUAUACCUGAUGAGAAUGGUCAAAGCACUGCUUGAUAACUCAACUCUCUUCCUUGAAAAAUAUCUACAUGAAUUAAUACCAGCUGUUGUAACUUGUGUUGUGAGUAAAAAACUCUGCCCAAAACCUGAAGUAGAUAACCACUGGGCCUUGAGGGAUUUUGGAGCAAGACUCAUCGCACAGAUUUGCAGGACAUUUAAUUCUACUACAAACAGCGUUCAGACAAGAGUAACAAAAACAUAUUGCAAGGCUCUACAACAAGAGAAAGCACCACUUGCUACUCACUAUGGUGCUAUUACAGGACUAGCAGAACUUGGCCAAGAAGUAACCAAGGUCCUUGUUGUACCUCGACUUAAAAUUGAGAGUACUUUGAUAGUAAAAGCCUUACAAGAAGGGGAUGCUGUGGAGAAAAAUGCUGCUGAAAACAUAAAAAAUCUCUUGUUGAAACAUUGUCCAGGAGUACUUAUUCGCAUGCAUCAUCCACCUGACAUUCCAGAAAAGUAUGAAUCUGAUUACGGUAACAUGGGUCGGUUAUUAUGCACUAAAGUUGCUCAGCUGCGUCAAGGACUAAGUGCAGGAAUAAGUGCACUGAAACCUAAUGUAUUAACACUAAAAACAUCUGUUAACUUUCCUAAAGCAACCAAUAUAACCACUCCUACUACCCCUACGACACCUGUACAGGGUCCUAAGACUCCAUUAUUGAUAGUCUCAUCUGGUGCAUUGCCAACUACUCCUACAAGUCCAGCCAUGAAGACGUUCACUGUUCCAUCAUCAGUGGUUGCUGGUGUUAUUGGUACACCAACCAUUAGUGGUGUACAGUCACCUACUGUACCAAAAAAGAUUUGAAUUUUCAGUCUUAUUUUAAUAACAUGUACAAUUUUAGCAGAUAUAAUGUAUAAUGUAUAAAUUAGUAAACCUGAUACUUAAUUUUA